UGUACUGCAGAGAACAAACAAAGAAAUGAAACCCUCAUCUUUAUUUUCCUUCUCUCUCAUAUUAAUCCUCUCUCUUAGUUCUUUCUCCUCCAUAACCGCAAAUAAUAACCAUGUCGAUCUCAUAGCCCAAACCUGCAAGAAUCUCUCAAAAACUGAUCCAAACAUAAGCUACAGAUUCUGCAGAACUUCUCUCCAAUCAGAUCCUCAUAGUCGCUGUGUUCGGAACCUUCGCGAGCUCGGCUUCAUCUCUCUCAAACUUCUCAGGCACAACGUUACAGAAACUAGGGUUCAUAUCAAGAACCUCUUGAAGACGGCGACAAUGAAGAAGAAGAAAGUGGACCCGUUUAUCAAAGAAUGCUUGGAUGAUUGCUUUGAGGUGUAUUCUGAUGCCAUCUCUUCCCUCAGAGACGCCAUUAAAGAUUACAAGGCCAAGCUUUAUGCAGAUUGUAACGUUAAAGUAAGUUCAGUCCUUGAUGCCUCCACGACGUGUGAAGAUGGGUUCAAGGAAAAGGACGGCGUCGUUUCGCCGUUAACGAAGAGAAAUGGCGAUACGUUUCAGCUGUCGGCUAUAGCACUGUUCAUCAUCAAUCCGCUCAAUAAAUAAAAUAUUUAUUUUCAAAGUGUUUUUGGGUUUCUCGUCUUGUUUGGGUUUGCAGGUUAUUUGGUUCUUCAUUAGAUUUCUUAUAUAUUUAUAAUUUAUAAUAUAAUUAUGAUAUAAUUAUAUGAUUCCACAGUCUUGUGGUGUAUAUAUGCUUGAGAUUAUGUAUACGUUUUUCUCUUUAUUUGUUUGCUUGAGCUAUGGAAUAAGGAUAAAGAUUGG